UUUUAGGUUAUAGGUUGUGCAUAUAAGUAUAUUAAAUUGUAUAUAAAGUUGGUUUUUAAUUGUUUUGUGGGCUUGGCAGUUUAUCUUAUCCAAAAUGAAAGUUAAUAAUGAUUUGAAUCCUUUCACCAGUAAAUAUACUGUUAUAACUUGGCAAGUCGUUUAUUUGAAAUUGUAAUAGGUGAAUUGAAUUUUAAAAAGUGCCAGAAUUGUCUCUGUGUAAAUUGUCAAGAUGUCAAAAGAUGACCAAGGCGAGUCUGGACUUACUGAAUUUGCACCGCUCAGCCCUGACGAGAAGCUUGGCCUUUCUAACUUGUUCUCAAGGUUUUUCAAAAAGAGCGACAAAGCGAAACCGAGCGAGGGAGAGGCCAGUGGUGAACAACAGCUUGACAAUGAUAACACUUGGAAGGAAGGCGAGUUCGAAGAGAAUAAAGCACUAGACCCCAGAUUCCUGAUAGGGAUGAAGGAAGUACGGAGCCUUCCUAACGUCAGGAUGCGCAUAAGCAGCCUACUCGCCCUGAGGACUUCAGGAGGACAAUCGUAUAAUGAGACAGAGUUGAAACAAUACUGGAUGCCAGAUUCAGUAAGUAAGGAAUGCUAUGAUUGUUCAGAGAAGUUCACGACAUUUCGCAGGAGGCAUCAUUGCAGGGUUUGUGGUCAAAUAUUCUGCUCAAGAUGCUGUAAUCAAGAAAUCCCUGGGAAAAUCAUGAACUGUACUGGUGUCCUUCGAGUCUGUACUUGGUGUGGACGAGCCGUUCUCACUGAAUUCCAAUCAGCUGCUAUGGGCUCUAAUGUGCCCGAAGAGCUCAAGUUGCUCAUAGAAGAUCUUCAGGCGAAAUUUGGCGGUUCUGGAGACCUUCAAUUUGAAACUCCUUCUAAUCAGGGGCGAUGCUCUUCGGUCACACCAGACAGGGAAGAGUCUCAUAGAAAGCCCAGCGUCGGUUAUCAGGAAGAACGGUUCGGAAACGCAAGGCCUGAUACUGGAGGCAGAAGAAACAGUUUACGAUGCUUAUUGGAUGAAGCUCUGACCACUGGUGGAAUCGUAUGCGCUUCCCAUAGGUAUCGCUUUAGGACUUAUUAUUCAUGUUUUCCUGCCACACAGCUUGUAGACUGGUUGAUUUUACACAACAAGGCAGCAAACAGAGUACAAGCAGUUGCUCUAGGUCAGGCAAUGUUGAAAAGUCAGUAUUUAGAAUGUGUUAAUUAUGAUACGAACACAUUCAGCGACAAUAAUUUACUGUACAAGAUUGUACCUGCUGAAACGGUCCAAGAAGAAAUCCAGGAUUCAAGCGGAGAUUCAUCUUCUGAAUAUUUACACGAAAAGACUUCUGAGUUGAGUUUUAACGAUGUGAGCAGCUGUAACACUAUGGCUUCAAACGAUUAUAAAAAGCAAACUGAUCUCAGUGAUGUUUCUCCAUCGAAAAUAGUGCCUGACGAUACAAUAAAGGCAGUAGAAGAAGUCUCUCUUUUAGGAGGUGAUGCAUUACCUUCAGUAGACUGGAAUACAGUUGAUUCUAGCCAUCUGAGCAAACAUCAGUGUGAAGCACUUGAAAAUUUAAGAUGCACAUUCGCGAAUCAUUGUAGUAAUUAUCUCCGGCAAAUUUUAAACAGCGAGUCAGUCCCGCAGUCUUGGGUAGAAGUGAUCCGCCCGUUAGCCUGCCGAGUCGUUAAAAAUAUACGUCCAGAGAGGGCGAAAACCUGGUCGGAGGCCAUGGACAUCCGACAAUACGUUCACAUAAAGAAAGUCAGCGGUGGUGAGAGGAGAGAGUGCGAGAUUAUCCAGGGUUUGGUCUGCUCGAAAAACCUCACGCACAGGGCCAUGCCGAAGAAAAUGGUCGAUCCUCAAAUUUUGCUUCUAGGCUCUGCGAUUAUGUAUCAGCGAGUUGAAGGAAAAUAUUUAAGCCUCGAGCCAGCUAUCAUGCAGGAACAUGAUUAUUUGCAAAGAGCGGUUUCAAAGAUCGUCGACUUGGGACCGAAUCUGGUCAUUGUCGGCAAAAGUGUGACACGUCUUGCACAGGAGAUGUUAUAUUCUAAAGGGAUUUCGUUGGUGAUAAACGCGAAACCGGCUCUUUUAGAACGUUUGUCUAGAUUCACCGGCGCCGACAUCCUAGGCUCGGUGGACGCCCAUUUGGGAAGCCCACGGCUCGGAACUUGCAAGCUAUUCUGCCUUCGCACUUUUAUGACUGAAUCAAAAAGGCAAAAAACCCUUAUGGUAUUCGAAGGAUGUCCUUAUCCUGAACUUGGCUGUACGGUACUUUUAAGAGGUGGACUUAUACAAGAAUUAACGAAAGUAAAAAAAGCAAUCGCUUCGUUAAUAUUUGCAUAUUAUAAUGCCCGCCUUGAGGUUUCGUACCAUAUGGAUGCUGGGGCGGUGGUUCCUUCUACACAGAACGUUUUCCUCGACUCCCUCGAACAGAAUCUGUUGAGUGAGGACUGUUUCGACGUUAAAAGUAAAACGAAACAACACAAUUCGCAUCAGACUGAAGAGAGGCACAGGACUGAAGCUGUCAGCGAUUUCUCAGACCCUCUGAGAGCUUGGAAAGGCAACUGUGCGAACACUAACGACGAACUGUCAGUGACGGAGGUGCCUUUUGGAAACAGCUUUAGAAAAGCGCUGGAAGAUAAUAUACUUUCGAUUUCACCAUUUUUAAAAUUUUCUCUGCCUUACCUUGAGUCCGAAGAGGGAAAACAGAGUGUUCUAAGAUCAUUCUUUAGCAAAGAGCUUUACUGGUCAGCUCAACUUACGGACAAUUUACCUAAACAACGGCUUAAUUUAUCAUCAGAUUGUACUGGAAAUAUAAUGGAAAACGUUAAAUUAAAGGAUGUGCACGAAUUUGUCAAAGCGAAAUUGAUCGAGAGCGUUGAUUCGAAUGAAAUCAAAGCGUUGCUCGCUAGCUACAGAGCGACAGGAGGCCGUUUCCCGAUUAAAAUGACAAAACCGACUAAAAUGGAAGCGUAUUACGACCAACUCGUCAUCAAUAAUAUAAACGCAAGUAAAAAUAUUAAGGAUGGAACACCGAAGGAUGUUCUAGAUCCUGACAACCACCAACGGCUUUUGAUGUUAUUCUGUUCGUAUACGCAGAACCGUAGCUCGCCGACAUUUUGUGUCGAUCCUGAAAUUGUAAAUAUGGAAAUGUAUGGAAGGAUGGAUAUACCACUUGGUCUAUUUUUGGAGAAAUAUUGCUUCAGGGAUGAUUACGUUUGUAGUCACUGUGAUAACCCUAUCAAAUUCCAUACUCGAAGGUUUGUUCACAAUGGAGGAGUCAUAAAUAUAAAUUUAUACACUCUUGAUCAGGAACUACCCUUAAGCGGAAUUUUCAUGUGGUCUUCUUGUUCAAAAUGUGGCCAGACUACCAGUUUAAAAUCUAUGUCUCCUGGAAGUCGGUGCCUUAGCUUCGCCAAAUAUCUUGAAAUGAGAUUUCACGGUGAUAUGUACCAUUUGAAUAACAGUGAAUGUCGACAUUCACUUUAUCAAGAUCAUGUUCACCAUUUUACGAAGGGGUCGAUUCUUGCUUCAUUUAUGUACUCUAAAAUAACAAUUUGGGAGAUAUCGCUUCCGCCUAAAGAGCUCAAAAUGGACAUCGAAUCUUACAAUGAGUUAGUCAAACUUGAGGAAAUCAAAGCUUGGUGGUUGAUGGGAACGCAGAUCCUUAGCCUUUGCCUUGACAAAAUUUACUCCUUCAAUCUAUCCGACAGUCAAACGUCUUCAUUGUUGGUUCAGUUGCAAAGGGAUCAAAGUUUGUUGAAAUCUCGCGUAGAAGAAUCACAGACGAAAAGGUCCACGGAAGAAGAAAACCCACUCUCCCUUAAAAGUGUAUGGAGUGAUGAAGAUUCCCUGGUAGCGAUUAAACGACAAUUAGCUGAAUUUGUUGAAGACUGGAAUGUAAGAUUGGCCGAAGCUGAAACAAGCUCUAAAAAAGAAGAUAAAAGAAAGUCCAUCGAGGCCAAGCCGAGCCCGAACCCUUUAUCUGAACUCGUCAUCGAAGGCGAAAAGGAAGUUGAAAAUAUAAUGGAAACAUCUGAUCUAACGAUAGGAGAAGAGAUCAAUGAAAAUGAAGACAUACGAUCAGUCGAUGCGACUGAAACUGAAUCAGCUCCUGAAACCGACGAUGAUGCUGGAGGUUACCAUGUCGCUUUAACCGAGACCAAAUCUGUCCAUACGGAUAAAAAAAGCGUCAAACAAAUAUUUUCUCAGUUUCUUCCAAACUCCAACCAAAACAUUCAUUUACAGAUGCCUGCGAAUAACUUGGAACAUUAUCUACUGCCUGUCGGAGUCUACGUGCCGCUCGUGGUUUAUGAGAAAGAACACAGUUCUAUAAUCGCUUACGCGCUCAAUUCUCACAGUUAUAAACAGGCGCUAGAAAAAUUAAGAAACUCUGAACAAUCGAUGUCAAGCCCUUCAAACAAGAGAAAAAGCGGUUCUGAGUUCACCAAAGAAGAGGGAUCCCUGGGCGAGAAAAGAAGCGUCCUGUCAUAUUUAAGAUCUAGUUCUUCAGGGCCAAUGGAUAAAGGGACUUCAAAAAUUGAAGGUGUGCAGUAUAAUCCAAAUCUAGACGGUUCGCUCGAAGAAGAGGCGACAAAAGUGGAAGAUAAGAAUAAACCGACCAAACCUGAAUCACAAAACAUUGAGAUUCAGUUUAAUGAUAAUACAUCAAGUUUUAAAGUAAAAAUAUACUAUGCGGAAAACUUUAGCCGUUUACGAGCGGCGGUACUUUCCGAGGGUGAAGAGGGUUUUAUCAGGUCGUUGUCAAGAUGUGUCACUUGGGCUGCAUCCGGUGGCAAAUCCGGGUCAAAAUUCAGCAAAACCAAAGAUGAUAGAUUUAUUCUUAAAGAAAUGACAAGAUUGGAGAUGCAACUUUUUGUCAAUUUCGCACCUCAGUACUUCAACUAUAUAAACUGUGUGUCCAGCGGGAUGCCUACUCUAUUAGGGAAAAUCCUCGGUGUAUACAGAGUGAUAAUAAAAAGUGAAAAAACAAAUUACACUAUGAAAAUGUUGGUAAUGGAGCAUUUAUUUUAUAACCGUGUAAUAAAACAUAAAUUUGACUUAAAAGGAUCUGUGAGGAAUAGAUUAAUAUCGACUAGCAGCGAUCAUUCUGAGACAGUCCUGUUAGAUGAAAACUUGAUAAAAAUGACCUGCGAUAACCCGUUAUACAUUCUUUCGCAUUCAAAGACAGUUCUUAUGCAGGCAAUUCAAAACGACACUGAGUUUUUAGCAUCACAGUCCGUCAUGGAUUAUUCGCUUUUGGUCGGCCUCGAUGAAACUAAGAAUGAACUGGUUUUGGGAAUAAUUGAUUACAUACGCGGUUAUACAUGGGAUAAGAAAAUUGAGACUAUGGUGAAGCGAAUCGGCCAAAACAAAGAGCCGACCAUAAUACCGGCUGACGAAUAUCGUGAAAGGUUCAUCGCAGCAAUGCACAGAUACUUUCUUCCCGUACCGGACAGGUGGACGGGACUGGGACGGGGUGUAGAUUUGUUGGAUAAUGAAAUACGACAAGUGAGGUAGAAAGUAAAAAAAAAAAUGUUUUCAAAAGCGAUUUAUUUCUUUGUUUAUUUAUUAUUGUAAAUGGAAAAUUUGUAAACAGUUAUGUACACUAAAUAUAA